AUGUUUCGCCGUACACAACACCGUGCCAUCUCCCAAUAUAAAUUUGGACAACCGUCUUUGACACAAGCCUUUGGCCCAAUCCCACGUGAACGUCAAGAAGCCAAAAUGGGAAAACUCACGACAACGAAACUCACAAAUGGCGUCCGCGUGGUAUCGCAGGACUUGGAUGGCGCUCACAGUGUAUUUGGUGUUUACGUGGAUGCGGGGCCAAAGUAUGAUCCACUGGGUUGUCCUGGUUUAAGUCAUGUGAUGCGUUAUGCUAUUCAAACCUCCAAUAUGGACAGUUCACUCUUUCAGGUGGAUCGCACAAUGCGGGCGACGGGAACGGCUUAUGGCCAUGGUGAGAUUAACAAACGGUAUAUUCACUGGAAGGCAGAGGGACGUCGGGAUAUGUGGGAAAAGCCAUUUUCCAUGAUUGCUACUGGCGUGGUGGCUCCUCGUUUUCAUGAAAGUGAUGUGGAGCGUUUCCGUGAUACGAUGGAUAAUCAACGUGAGGAAUUACGUUGGCAACAUCCACGUGAAUACUGUGUGGAUGCAUUGGAGACGGUGGCUUUCUUUAAAGAACCACUCGGUGCUCCUCGCAUGGUCCCAGCCGCAUCAAAUGAUCGUUGUAAUCAAAAGGCACUUGUAGAUCACUGGGCCACGUACUUUCAUCCAAAGAACGUCACUGUGGCGGCUGUGAAUAUUCCACAUGAUGCUUUAAUAGCCGCAUAUGAAUCACUCCCAUUUCCACACUCAGCAGAGGCACCACAUCAUGCGAAGUGUCAACCACCCAAAUUCUCACACGCGAAUGAAUCUACACAAUUCUAUCCUGGAAAACAGGAAGUGGCCUUUGAGGAUCGUGCCAAGGCAAUGGGUACAGUUCCAGACAUGGAUGAAGAAGUGAUUGCCGCUAUUGGAGCCCCAACCUUUGGAGCUGAAGAUAAUGUGAAGAAGUACGCCACUGCACUUGUGGCCCGUGAAGUCUAUCAAUCGGCAAUAGAUCAGGCCAUGCCACUCGCCUGUAGUGCCAGUUACGGUGUGCAGACCUUCUACCGCCCUUAUGCCUCUACGGGUCUGAUGGGCGUCACCCUGCGGGGAGCCCCAAAGGAGAUCUCGACACUCUUAGAAACCGCAACAGGCUGUUUCCCAAAAAGUGUCUCCAGUGAGGCCGCAGCGGCUGGACGUGCACGUGCGAAGAUGGCAUUUGCACGCAGUCAUCUUGAUAUGCUUCGUGACUACUGUGAUUUUAUUGCUACUUCCCCAGUGGAGGCCGCACAGGUGAUGGAAGCUAUUAAUGGAGUCACGCAAAGUGAAGUGGAGGCGGCAUUAACAGCGGCGAGCUCAGUGGCUCCCGCAGUGUUUGUUACGGGUUCUACAUUUACAUUUCCAAAGGUCGCUAGUCUUAAGAAGGUGAAGUAA